AUGUCCGACCUUCUCAGCUCGCGCUGGGCUCCUGGCGCGAGUGAGUCCAGGUACACAUCGCAAGAGCCACGACGCCCACGUUCCGAAAAUCGAAUACGAUCCACAACCCCGGCGCUCUCGGGCCCUGGAGUUGCACAUAGUCAUGGGUACGGAUCGGGGUCAGAGACAGCUAUAGCUACAGGGACAAGGACAGGGACAGGUAUCCUCCCACCUACUGAAGAACUCGCGCGCUUUAUGAAAAUUGUCGCCCGGCUACGAUGGAAACUUCCCUUCCUAGCGGAGGGCUACCGCCUUGCGACGCUGGCCGUCAACGAACAAAAUGGGAUUUCAGCGGUGGACGUGACACAAGCAGAAAUAAUGUUCAAGAUUGAUUUCCAUGAAUACUACGCGCUACUCGAGCGAGCCAUCGUGCAUCUGCUGGCGGUAUUCAAUAUCGCUGUGUCUUCCGUUGGGGGGCGGGGUGGUCGAGGUGGGGUCCAAGUGAACGGACAUGCAGCAGGGAUACACCGGUACCAUGCGAACGUUUUAAAGGCAUUAGAGGAAGAGACCACCCCUCUCACGCCAGUACUGGGUAGUGGUUAUGUCUAUGAAUUGCUGCGAAAAGCGAAGGAGCUACGAAAUCGGUGGAAGGGAGCCGACAUGACCCAAGAAGAACGGGAACGCGAUCCCUUUGAGGUUGGGAAGAAGAUCUUGCCACUAUCAAGCUUCAAUUUCGAUGAGAUCUUAACAGGAAUCUUUGGCGGCCUAGAGGAGGCUUAUGUGCGCGCGCGAGCUCAUGUUGAGCUAUGCAGGCGUCCAGGAGAUGUGGAUAGUGAGACGGUAGGCCCGGAGUCGGAUUGGGGGUUUAUCGUGGACGCUAUGGAUUGGGAGGCAGUAUGA